GAAUGAUGCAGAGAACGCACUGCUUCAACGAGCAUUGAAUAUGUUGCGUUGGCCUGGGAGAGCCAUGUUUUGUCUUCCGGAUGGUGUAUGGCGCAAGUCUAGAUGUGGACAAAGUUGAUUUGGUGACGGGAAAUGCAAUCACUGACGACCAAACUUUGUAAUGUUAGUCUGUCUCACCUUCCAGGUACUAAUCAGUCUUCAUUCACCUCGUAUCUACGGACAAUUAUCUCGAAGUCUAUAGCCGCCACUCUAGGAGAUCAUGCUAAACAGGCCGGUGCUUCCGGCUUGAGUGGCUCAUGCUCUCCGGUCCGUCAACGCCACGCCAGUGCAUACGUCCAAUUUCCAAUCCCUUAUUUUUCUCAUCAGCCUCGACAAACAAUUCCUCUUCCCACAGGUCCAUACACUAUGAGCAUCCGUUCGUCUCCUUUUCGAUAGCCGCAAAAUGGAUGUGUCAAAAUCAAUGCGGCCACGGUGGCUUGCCUUUGGACUUAAUGGCAUAUAAUCAUCUCGCUUCCAAUUUAUCCCCAACUACCAUGAUGGGGACUAUGAAUACCACUUGGUCUCCGCUUCGCCCUUUACUAGAAUUGUCUGGGGGCCUCCGUUUAGUCGAAGAACCACCAUCCAUUAUCCCCGCUCUCCCAACUGUGAAGCUUGAGGAUGGGCGCUGUCCAUUACCUGAGUUCACACAAGAAGGACUAAAACGGUACCAGUGUGAUCACUGCACAAAGGGAUUUAACCGUUCGAGCGAUCUUGUCAAACAUCGGCGUACGCACACCGGUGAGAAACCAUUCGUGUGCCAGCAUUGUGGGCGCGCUUUCUCCGACUCUAGUAGUCUUUCGGCUCACAAGCGUAUCCACACUGGUGAACGACCUUACACCUGUCCAAAUUGCGGUAAAAGUUUUUCCGUCUCUAGCAGUUUGAUUAAACACAAACGUAUACAUACCGGUGAAAAACCUUACCGAUGUGCCGUCUGUGGUCGUACGUUUUCCGACAAUAGUAGCUACGGAGCACAUCGGAAACGAAGUCAACGAUGCAUGCCGGACAGUAUCUCCGUCGCCACACAGAGUAGUUUCGAUGAUGCUAUUCACGUGACUUCUGGUGUCUCCUUUUCCUCGACAUCCUGUUUGCCCUGACAUCCUGUUAUAAGCAUCUCUUUACCCUCAGCAUCAUAAGUUUGCCGGCUGCUCCGGGAUUUUCACUGGCCGUCAUUUCCAAUCUCACAGUCAUCUAAUUUGUACAAAUACCUCAAACUACUUACUGUUCUCUUGACUUCACUUUCAUUUCACGCAGCAAUUUUUUAGAACUAAAUCGAUGACAUUUAUCCACGUUUCCUUACUUUGUGUCGGUCGUCUAUCAUAAUUUUCUCGCAUUUGUAUAUUUUGUACAAAGCUUAUCUCUCAACUGGUGUAUUUUAUUUCAUGUUGCGUUUCUCUCCUAACGAUGUCACUUGAAAAUCUCGACAAACCGAUAAGCUAUACCGAAC